CCUGCCUUUCUUCACUUCUCCCUAUCCCUUUGCGAGCGAUCGCCGUGACGACGGCGACGAUAUCGACGUUCGUUCGAGCAACUCUCACACUCUACUGAUAAGAAACAGAGGUAGCUGAUAAUGAGGCCGCACCUUUUCGUCCUCGGCGUGCUGCCCAUAGCCGUCACUGCUGCUGCUGUUGCCAGUCCCGCCGGAGCUGGAGCCGGGCUGGUGCUCCGCCAUGGCGACGAGCACGACGGCAUGGACAUGGACAUGGGCGGUGGCGACGAGCACGGCCAUGAGCACGAGCACACCGACGAGCACGAGCACACCGACGAGCACGAGCACGCCGCCACCACCACAACCACCGUCCCCACCUCCUCCGGAGCCCCCGCGCCAGCCCACGAGCCAGACCACCACCACCACAAGGGCCCCGUCAAGACGGUGCUCGACGACGCCGACAUCCACAACUGGCACAAGUUCCCCCCGACGUACCUCGACGCCGACUUCCGCCUGACCAAGGACCAGGCCAUCUUCGGGGAGGACCUCGACGACGGGUGGGACCCGCAGACUGUGCCGUCCCACCCGCGUCUGAUGGUCACGCACGUCGUGGCCAUGAUGCUCGCGUACUUUGGUGCGCUGCCGCUCGCACUCGCCCUCCGCGCCGCUGGACACCCGUCGCACUACCUCGCCAACGGCGCCUUCCUCGCCAUUGUCGUGUUCGGCUGGCUCGCGGGCGUAGCUUACAAAGCCGCCAUGCCAGUCAUGUAUCAAGGCGCAAAGCACGGCAGCAUGGGCACAAUGCUCGUUUUCCUGUCCAUCGGCCUCGCGGUGCUCGACUCGCUUGGACUCAUCUCGUCAGGAGUGCGGCACUACCGCUCUGGGCAGAGGGACUGGCGCUCGUGGUUCUCCUCAGCUCUGUCAGCCACACGCGAGGACAAGCUCGGUGCGGCGCGGUACGAGAUGGUCGGGCUGGUGCACGACAACGACGAGUCGGACGACGAGGAAGACCACCACCCGCACGGCACCGUCUUCGCCAUCGGGGACGAGGAGGACGAGUCGCCCCGCGCGUCCCCGCCUCCAGCGGUAUCCCGCCGCUCAACAGGCUCCGAGGGCACGCUGCACGACCACUCGCCCAUCUCGCCUAUCGCCGGGAGCUCGAGCGGUGGCUCGGCCCGCGGCGUCGGCAUCCUCGAAAUGGGCGAGCGAGCACACACCACCACCACCAAGGCCAAGGCCCGCUCCCGUGGCGCGUUCGACGUCAGCGAGCUUUUCGAGGCCGAGCAGCGCGAGCGCACCGCCGCAUGGGCCGCGCCACACCCCCCAGCAUCAGCUGCCACCACGCCCGCGACCUCCGCACGCCGGAUCGGCGAAAUCGUCCUCACCUGGAUCCGCCGCACGCAGGUCGUCUUCGCGUACGUGUGCGUGCUGUCCGGCCUGCCGGUGUACGUCGGCAUGUGCCGCGGCGGCUACAUCAACACGUGCGCCGCGCAUAUCAUCAAGGGGUCCAUCUUCUUCGGCUACGGCGUGCUCACGUUCGCGCGCUACCUCGGCGCGUAUGCCGACCUCGGGUGGGCGUGGAACCGCAAGCCUGCCGGCUCGAGCGCCAUCUCGGCGGAGAUGGUCGAGUGCUUCGUCAUCUUCCUGUACGGCAUCACCAACACGUGGAUGGAGCGCUUCGGCGCCAAGGCCGGCGACCCGUACUCUGUCAAGCAGGUCCAGCACAUCUCGAUUGCUGUCAUGUUCUGGUUCGCCGGGCUGAGCGGCAUGCUCCUCGAGUCGCCGACCAUCCGCCGCAUCCUCGGCGCAGUCAUGUACGCUGGCCGCCCGGGCGACCGCGUGCGCAAGCCGCCGUCGUACGCCUUCAGCUUCAAUCCCCUACCCGCGCUCACGAUCGCCAUUACCGGCCUCGCCAUGGCGGCCCACCACCAGGACUACGUGUUCCAGGUCGAGAUCCACAAGCUGUGGGGUAUUCUGCUCGCCGGCGGCAGCCUGUUCCGCUUCCUCACCUACUUCUUCCUGUGGCUCCGCCCGCCAACCGAGUCGACACUGCCCUCGCGCCCGCCGACAGAGGUGCUCACGGCGUUUGGCUGGGCCGCUGGCGGCAUUGUCUUCAUGCUCUCCGACGAAGAGAUUGCGUUUGCGGCCAUGCGCACCGGGUUCGACGACAUGAUGGCGUUCCUCAACGUGACGGUCGCGCUCACGUGUCUCAUCUUCUGCUGGGUCGUCGUCGUGCUGGCUGUCAAGGGUUACGCGCUGCUCCGUGUGCAGCGCGGCGUGCAGCUGGCUGCCGACGAGGGCGACGCGAGGGUCUAGGCGACCGACUUCGGCGUCGAUACCGACUCGUAUUUACCGCCCCUUUUAUAAUGGCGGUUGUCUUUUUGUUCAUCUGCGGGCGACCGCACCUCAUUUACUUCAGAGGUUAAUAGCAGUUAAAGUGGGCGGCGUGUCGGUGUGGCCGCUAAUAUGAGAUGUAUGUGUUAAGUGAA